AUGGAAAAUGCUAAUAAUAACAGGUUACCACCUACAGUCACCAAUCCUUGGAAACUUGUAACUUCACUAAAUAGAACCCAAGCAAUUACCUUUAUCGCUGCAUAUCUCGGGUGGACUUUGGAUGCAUUUGACUUUUUUACCGUGUCCUUCGCUCUGCCAUAUAUAGCAGAAGAAUUUCAUAUGAAGCCUUCCGACAUUUCUAGCAGCAUUACAGUGACACUCAUGCUUCGUCCAGUGGGUGCAUUAAUCUUUGGUAUAUUAACGGAAAAAUAUGGUAGAAAGUAUCCGUUAAUGGCAGAUAUCAUCUUAUAUAGUGUAGUAGAAUUAGCUUCAGGAUUUGCCCCAAAUUUUGCAGUCUUUAUCAUAUUAAGAGGUAUUUUUGGGAUUGCAAUGGGCGGAGAAUGGGGAUCAGGUGCUGCACUGACAAUGGAAAUUUUACCACCAGAAACUCGCGGUUUAUUCUCUGGAAUCCUACAACAAGGUUAUGCAACUGGCUAUAUAGUGGCCUCGUUGUUUUAUUACAUAGUACUUAUAAACCUCGGAUGGCGCGCCUUGUUUUGGAUAGGCUCUUUUCCUGCACUUUUGGUUAUAUUAAUACGCUUUGUUGUUCCUGAAUCGCCAGUAUGGGAAAAGAUGCACAAUAGGAAUGCUUUCACCUGUACUCAGGAUUUAUAUCCAACAUUCUUAAAAACACAGCUCAUGUUCUCGCCUGCAGAAAUUACAGUGAUAGUAAUAAUUGCCAAUAUUGGUAGCAUAAUAGGAGGUACUGUCUGUGGAUACGCUUCUCAAUAUUUAGGCCGUAGACGAACAAUUAUUCUUGCUGUCAUAAUGGCUGGUGCGUUUUUACCAUUGUUUGUUCUUCCUCGAAAUAAAAUUCUUCUAGGCGUUGGCGCAUUUUUUUUGUACUUUUUUGUCCAGGGGGCAUGGGGAAUUGUUCCUGCACACUUAAAUGAAAUAUCACCUCCGAGUUGUCGAGGAAUAUUCCCUGGUCUUACUUAUCAAUUAGGUGUUUUAAUUGCUUCUUGUUCAGCACAAAUUGAAGCGGUACUAGGGGAAAAACUUUCAAAAAAUGGCAUACCUGAUUAUGGAAUAACACAGGCAGUUCUCACUGCAAUUGCUGCAUUUUCUUUAAUAGUAAUGAUUUCUUUUGGGACAGAAGACAAAAGCAUAGAUUUUGAGAAACAAUUAGAAAAUGAAAACUAUGACCUGGAGGGACAUGGUAAUAUUACAGUACUACAGCCAUAUGAUAAAUUUAAUCUAUGA